GGGCCUGGCGCUUCGUGCCCGCGGGCGGGCUGGGCCCGCUCCCUAACUGCGGGGCGGGGGGGGGGGGGGGGACAGAGGCCGCCUGUGGCGGCGGCGGAGCCGGGUCUGGGCGCCUGGCCGAGUCCCCAAGGCGAAGCUGGCAGAGCGCUGGCUCCCGGGCCUCUGUCUGCGUUCACGUCCCCCCCAAAAGCCCCUUACGCGUUCCUGGUGUGCCGGGCAGCUCACCCGCUCCCGCUGGCCGCGUGUCCUGUCCCCAGCCGUGGGUCAGAGUCUUCCUCUGACAGCUGUGCUGCCUCGUCGAGUGUCCGAUCCCUGCGCUUGCCCCUAGACAGGGCAGUCGUGGGGGCCAGGUCCUUGCUGCUUCCCCGCUAUUCAGCAUAAUGGAGAACUAUAAGAAGACCAAGAUUGUGGAGAAACCUUGUCCUCUUCCUUUCACUGACCUGCCCCCUGAUAUUAUUGAAAUGAAAGUGAAGGACGGGAGCAAAAUCAGAAACCUGAUGGGAUAUGCGAUAGGCAAGAUGGAGCUGGACUCAGUGAGACAGAUCCUUUUCACUGGCUCAGGCAAGGCCGUCAGCAAGACCAUUACUUGUGUGGAAAUCAUGAAACGAAGGCUCAAAGAACUCCACCAGAUCACCAAAGUGCUCUUCAAACAGAUCGAAGAGAUCUGGGAACCCAUUGUGCCUGAGGCAGGCCUUGAUACCUUGACAGUGAAGAGAAACAUUCCUGCCAUAUGUGUCUUGCUCAGCAAAGAUGCCCUUGAUCCCCAAGAGCCUGGAUAUCAGGCUCCAGGCUCUUUUGAAGCUUUCUGGAUCGAGACGCUCAAAGCUGAGUCCCAGGGCCAAAUGAAGAGGAAGCAAGGUGGAGGAAGGGGAGCUGGCAACACAGAGAAGCACCCUCGGCCUGUUGGAGGGCAUGAGGAGUCCUGCGAAAAGUCCUGAGACAAAGACACGUUUGGGUGUAACUUAGGGGAUUUAAGGAAAAAAGCCAGCUACUGUGCCUGGAAAGCUGCUGAACACAUGGGCUUGCAGAGCUGUUAGGGGAGGGAAGGAGAAGUUGCUAUUUCAAAAUAGACGUGAUUGUAGCUGUCUGAAAUUGUUUUGACAAGCUUCCUUGUCAGAGGCUGCCAGGCUGUACUCUGUGGCGUGCGGCUCAGGGAUGAAACAGAGACGGGAACCGAGCAUGGACUAUUGGCAUCUGGUCAGCGGGCCCAAAAUAAUAGCUGUUCACAGAGCUGGGUUUAAGCUGCGCGGGGAGAUGCAGCAGGCGCAGUACAGCGCCUGCUCGAGGUAGAGGUGGCUCUUGCUGUGGCACAGCCGGAAGGUGUGAUCUGACUUGGAUUUCUGGCUGCUGCCUGCGUUGCCAGAGCUUGUGUAUACAGAAAACACGGUCCUGGGCUGGAUCAGCCGCUUAAUCUGUGCCUGAAAGUCCGUCUUCUGCUAAUCCCUUGUGGCAGGCUGCUGGUUUGAAUGUAGGGCUGCAGUCUCUCCUCAGAUACGACUCCAUCUGUGAUUUUUGCGAGAGUUGUACCCUUUCUGUCCUCCUUUGACCUCCUCUGUGGAGCUGGCAGAUUAGACCUCUGUCUGCCAAGUUGUCAGGAGUUGACUAAUGUAAUGAUCAGCCCAAAAUCCCUAAGCUGUGCCAGUGCCUCAAGGUGGUAGUAGUGGUAAGCUCCAAAGCACACUGUUUCCCCUUUCUGCUCCUUUAUGAUACAUAGAAAUGAAUUUAAAAUAAAAUUUCCUCUUUAUUUAAUGUGAAA